AUGGUGAGGCUCGCGCUGCCCAACCCCGGCCUGGAGGACCGGAUCCCGUCGCUGGGCAGGCUGGAUGCCCUCGAUCGGCAGGAGGCCAGCUCCCGGCCGCAGUGGGACAACAAGGCGCAGUACAUGCUCACCUGCGUGGGAUUCUGUGUGGGGCUCGGCAACGUGUGGCGCUUCCCCUACCUGUGCCAGAGCCACGGAGGAGGGGCCUUCAUGAUCCCGUUCCUCAUCCUGCUGGUCCUGGAGGGCAUACCCUUGCUGUACCUGGAGUUCGCCAUUGGGCAGCGGCUGCGGAAGGGCACCAUGGCCGUGUGGUCCUCCAUCCACCCUGCCCUCAAGGGCAUAGGCCUCGCUUCCAUGUUCGUGUCCUUCAUGGUGGGUCUGUACUACAACACCAUCAUCGCCUGGGUCCUGUGGUACUUCUUCAACUCCUUCCAGGACCCUCUGCCGUGGAGCCAGUGCCCGCUCAACGAGAACCACACAGGCUACGUGGACGAGUGCGCCAGGAGCUCCUCUGUGGACUACUUCUGGUACCGCGAGACCCUUAACAUCUCCAGGUCCAUCAGCGACUCAGGCUCCAUCCAGUGGUGGAUGCUGCUGUGCCUGAUCUGUGCAUGGAGCAUCCUCUACGUGUGCACCAUCCGUGGCAUUGAGACCACUGGGAAGGCUGUGUACAUCACAUCCACGCUGCCCUACGUGGUGCUGACCAUCUUCCUCAUCCGAGGCCUGACGCUGAAGGGCUCCACCAGCGGCAUCAUCUUCCUCUUCACACCCAACGUCACGGAGCUGGCCAACCCGGUCACCUGGCUGGAUGCGGGUGCACAGGUCUUCUACUCGUUCUCCCUGGCCUUCGGGGGCCUCAUCUCCUUCUCCAGCUACAACUCUGUGCACAACAACUGUGAGAUGGACUCGCUGAUCGUGUCCGUGGUCAACGGCUUCACGUCCGUGUACGCAGCCACGGUGGUCUACUCCGUCAUCGGCUUCCGUGCCACCCAGCGCUACGAUGACUGCUUCAGCACGAACAUCCUGACGCUCAUCAAUGGCUUCGACCUGCCCGAGGGCAACGUGACCCAGGAGAACUUUGAGGAGAUGCAGCGUUGGUGCAAUGCCACCGACCCCGCCACCUAUAAACAGCUGGAGUUCCAGACCUGCGACCUCAACACCUUCCUCUCCGAGGGUGUGGAGGGCACAGGCCUGGCCUUCAUCGUCUUCACCGAGGCCAUCACCAAGAUGCCGGUGGCCCCGCUGUGGGCCGUGCUCUUCUUCGUCAUGAUCUUCUGCCUGGGCCUGUCAUCCAUGUUCGGGAACAUGGAGGGCGUGGCUGUGCCCCUGCAGGACCUCAAGGCCAUGCCUGCCAAGUGGCCCAAGGAGCUGUGCACAGGCCUCAUCUGCCUGGGCAUGUUCCUCCUGGGCCUGGUCUUCACGCUGAACUCUGGGCAGUACUGGCUCUCCCUGAUGGACAGCUACGCUGGCUCCAUUCCCCUGCUCGUCAUUGCCUUCUGCGAGAUGGUGGCCGUGGUCUACGUGUACGGCGUUGACAGGUUCAACAGGGACAUCGAGUUCAUGAUUGGCCACAAGCCCAACAUCUUCUGGCAAGUCACGUGGAGGGUGGUCAGCCCCCUGAUCAUGCUGGUCAUCGUCCUCUUCUUCCUCGUGGUCGAGGUCAACGAAGAUCUGAUAUACAGCGUCUGGGACCCCAGCUACGAGGAAUUUCCCAAAUCCCAGAAGGUCAAGUAUCCGAAUUGGGUGUACGCGGUGGUGGUCAUCGUGGCCGGGGUGCCCUCCCUCUCCAUCCCUGGCUUUGCCAUCUACAAACUCAUCAGGAACCGCUGGCAGAGGCCAGGGGACCAGCAGGGGCUGGUCAGCGUGCCGUCCACGACCUCUGUGAAUGGGGACCUGAAUGGCUGGCCCAAGAGGGCAGUGGACUGA